AUGAGUCUCGGGGUGGCUAUACUGAUUCAUUUACUACUGUUGGUUGACGGGGCUUAUACUAAAAAAGGUGUCAAAUGUGGAGGCAUCCUCUCUGCUCCGUCUGGUAACAUUUCCAGUCCAAACUUCCCAGGCCUGUAUCCCUACAACAUUGACUGCUCCUGGCUGAUUGUAGUGGCUGAAGGCUCCUCAGUCCUCCUCACCUUUCACCACUUUGAGCUGGAGUACCACACCAGCUGUGCUUACGAUUAUAUCAAAAUAUACAAUGGCAUAUCGGAGGACGAGGGGAACCUCCUUGGGACAUUUUGUGGUGACAUUUCCCCACCUCAGUUCACCUCUUCUUGGAAUGUCAUGUCCAUUAUUUUCCAUUCAGACCGCCAUGUGGCCCACAGGGGCUUCAGUGUUGGCUACAGAAAAGACAUGUGUGGUGGAGUGUUGACUGGACUAUCAGGUGUCAUUUCCAGCCCAGGCUACCCUCAGGAGUACAGCAACAAUGCAGACUGCUCCUGGACAAUACACGUGUCAAAUACAAGUGUUGUCACCUUGGUCUUCCUGGACUUCCAGCUGGAGAACAACGAGGGAUGUAACUUUGACUUUGUUGCCCUGUUCGAUGGGCCAACAGUCACCCACCGCCAUCUCGGCAAAUACUGUGGGACAGAUAAACCCCCCAACACAGUCACUACUGCUAACCAACUCCUGGUAGUCUUCAAGUCAGAUUUCAAUAUUGGUGGGCGAGGCUUCAAGGCUUACUAUUACUCGGGUGAAUGCCAACAAGUUCUAUCCGCUGUGAGCGGCAACUUCAGCAGCCCACAUUUCCCCAACAUCUACCCGAACAACAUCAACUGCCACUGGAGCAUCGUCCUGCAAGCGGGGUACCGCAUCAAGCUCUUCUUUCCUGUCAUGGAUUUGGAAGGCCGCAACAGUCUGUCAGACAAGUGCGACUACGACUCAGUGUCGGUCUAUGACGGGGACAGCCAGGCGGACACGCUGAUGGGACGCUGGUGCGGCAGGGAGCAGCCUUCUUCCCUCGUUUCCAAGGGGAACAAGUUGCUGGUUGUCCUCAGCACAGACAGAAAUGAAGCUCACAGAGGGUUUACCGCUUCUUAUCUAGGAGUGGUGCCUGUGAACGUUAGCUGCACCAGAUCAGAGUUUACCAUCCUGAUCCCUCAGCGGUCGUUACCUCAGCUGGACCGUGAGAGCAUCUACCUGGGAAACCCAACGUGCACUGCUCAGCUAACAACAACCUCAUAUAAAAUACUGGCACAGUUUGUCAACUGUGGUACAGCCAGCCAGAAACACCGCAACAUCACCAUGCUGGUGAACAAGCUCUACAUUGAUUUCUCUGAUGGGAAGCAGCAGAACAUGCAGGAAUACAAGGUGCAGUGCGAUGCCUUAAGGAAGGUCGCAUUCGUGUCACUCAUUUCUGCGGAGGAGCGACGGCUGGAGGAGCAGGCCCAGCAGGCGGAAAGCGACAACAGCGGAUACGUGGCAGAACCACAGGCAGAACCUCACGACUUGAGUGAUAUUGUCUUUAUCAGCAUCUGUGUUCUGGCUGUCAUCCUCAUGGUGAUAGCAAUUGUUUGGUUGGUGCUUCUUUAG